AUUCGCUGAGUCAUCAUGGCAGAGCUGAUGGCCCAGACCGACGCCCCGACUCCCACCACCGACAAGAUCACGCAGGCCGCCCGGGAGACCAUCUACCUGUGUAACUUCCGCGUGUCGGUGGACGGAGAAUGGCUCUGUCUCAGGGAGCUCAACGACAUCUCUCUCACCCCAGACCCAGAGCCAGCCCACGAAGAUCCGAAGGACCCUAUAGCCAUUGAGCGGUUGAACCUGAUGAACAUGGCUAAGCUGAGCAUCAAGGGUCUGAUUGAGUCUGCCCUGAACCUGGGCAGAACCCUGGACUCGGACUACGCUCCGCUACAGCAGUUCUUCGUGGUCAUGGAGCACUGCCUCAAACACGGACUCAAAACCAAGAAGACGUUCCUGGGGCAGAACAAGUCUUUCUGGGGGGCCUUGGAGCUGGUGGAGAAACUCACCCCUGAGGCUGGAGAGAUCACUGCCAGCGUCAAAGACCUGCCAGGACUCAAAACCCCGUUAGGAAGAGGGCGGGCCUGGCUGCGAUUGGCCCUGAUGCAGAAGAAGCUGUCAGACUACAUGAAGACCAUCAUCAACAGAAAGGACCUGCUCAGUGAGUUCUACGAGUCCAACGCUCUCAUGAUGGAGGAGGAAGGAGCCGUGAUCGCCGGACUGCUGGUUGGGUUGAACGUCAUCGAUGCUAAUCUCUGUAUGAAGGGAGAAGACCUGGACUCACAGGUCGGGGUGAUAGAUUUCUCCAUGUAUCUUAAGGAUGGUCAAAGCAGCAAGACGGCGGAAGGGGAUGGACAGAUCACAGCCAUCCUGGACCAGAAGAACUAUGUUGAGGAGCUCAACAGACACCUGAGUGCUUCAGUCAACAACCUGCAGGCCAAAGUAGACGCUAUGGAGAAGUCCAACACCAAGCUCACUGAAGAGCUUGCAGUAGCCAACAACAGGAUCAUCACCCUACAAGAGGACGUAGAACGAGUCAAGGAGGAGAGUUCCUACCAGCUGGAGUCCAGUCGCAAGGUAAAACGGACAACCACU